CCGCGGGCCCCGCGGACAAGCGCAACACCCUGGACGUGGGCGAGGUGCUGAGCCAGAGCCCGGCGCUCUCGGAGCUGGAGCGCUGGGAGCGCGGCCAGGCCAGGAACCGCACGCUGGACAACAGCGACCUGCAGCGGCUGGAGCGCGCGCGCGCCGCGUCCGAGCACCGGCUGCUGCGCUUCCUCAGCGGCAUCUUCGCGCGCAGGGACGGCGCGCCCGGCGGGCCCGGGCCCCGGGGCCCCGGCUCGCGGCCCCGCGGCUACUUCAGCAGCCUGCGCCGACCCCCGGCCGGGGCCGACGCGCACUCGUCCAGCGCCGAGAGCAUCGACGGGUCGCCGCGCAGAGACGCCUUCGUGAACAGCCAGGAAUGGACGCUGAGUCGCUCGGUCCCGGAGCUCAAAGUGGGGAUCGUGGGUAACCUGGCCAGCGGGAAGUCGGCCCUGGUGCACCGGUACCUGACGGGCACCUACGUCCAGGAAGAGUCUCCAGAAGAUAUGGACGCAGGUGGCCGCUUCAAGAAGGAGAUCGUGGUGGACGGACAGAGUUACCUGCUGCUGAUCCGGGAUGAAGGGGGACCCCCGGAAGCACAGUUUGCCAUGUGGGUGGACGCUGUCAUCUUUGUCUUCAGCUUGGAGGAUGAGAUCAGCUUCCAGACCGUCUACCACUACUACAGCCGCAUGGCCAACUUCCGGAACACCAGCGACAUCCCCCUGGUCCUGGUGGGCACCCAGGACGCCAUCAGCUCCAGCAACCCGCGGGUCAUCGACGACUCCCGCGCGCGCAAGCUCUCCAGCGACCUGAAGCGCUGCACCUACUACGAGACCUGCGCCACGUACGGGCUCAACGUGGAGCGCGUCUUCCAGGACGUGGCCCAGAAGAUCGUCGCCACCAGGAAGAAGCAGCAGCUGUCCAUCGGGCCCUGCAAGUCUCUGCCCAACUCCCCCAGCCACUCGGCCGUGUGCUCUGCUCAGGUGUCGGCCGUGCACGUCAGCCAGACGAGCAACGGCGGCGGCAGCCUGAGCGACUACUCGUCCUCGGUGCCGUCCACGCCCAGCACCAGCCAGAAGGAGCUGCGCAUCGACGUCCCGCCCGCCGCCAGCACGCCCACGCCCGUGCGCAAGCAGUCCAAGCGCCGCUCCAACCUCUUCACGUCUCGGAAAGGGAGUGACCCCGACAAAGAGAAGAAAGGCCUGGAGGGCCGGGCGGACAGCAUCGGGAGCGGCCGAGCCAUCCCAAUUAAGCAGGGGAUGCUGCUGAAACGGAGUGGCAAGUCUCUGAACAAGGAGUGGAAGAAGAAAUACGUCACCCUCUGCGACAACGGCGUGCUCACCUACCACCCGAGUCUGCAUGAUUACAUGCAGAACGUCCACGGGAAGGAGAUUGACCUGCUGAGGACGACGGUGAAGGUCCCGGGGAAGCGGCCCCCGCGCGCCACGUCGGCCUGCGCGCCCAUCUCCAGCCCCAAAACCAACGGGCUGGCCAAGGACAUGAGCAGUUUACACAUCUCACCCAAUUCAGGGAAUGUCACUAGCGCGUCUGGGGCGCAGCUGGCCAGCGGCAUCAGCCUGGUGUCCUUCAACAGCCGACCGGACGGCAUGCAGCAAAGGUCCUACUCCGUGUCCAGCGCCGACCAGUGGAGCGAGGCCACGGUCAUUGCCAACUCAGCCCUCAGCAGUGACACGGGGCUGGGAGAAUCCCUGUGCUCGAGCCCCAGCGUGUCGAGUACCACCAGCCCCAAGCUCGACCCGCCCCCGUCCCCCCACGCCAACAGAAAAAAGCACCGGAGGAAGAAAAGCACCAGCAACUUCAAAGCCGACGGCCUCUCGGGCACAGCCGAAGCCAAACGCAAGGCCUGGAAGCUGAAUCGUGUUGGCAGCCUGCGAAAUAUUUACAGCAGCGGCGCCAACACCGAAGAGCAAGAAGAAAACUUCGAGCUCAUCAUCGUCUCCCUGACGGGCCAGACGUGGCACUUCGAAGCCCCCACGUACGAGGAGCGGGACGCGUGGGUGCAGGCCAUCGAGGGCCAGAUCCUCGCCAGCCUACAGUCCUGUGAGAGCAGCAAGAAUAAGUCCCGACUCACCAGCCAGACGGAGGCCAUGGCCUUGCAGUCCAUCCGGAACGUCCGAGGCAACAGCCGCUGCGUGGACUGCGACGCCCAGAACCCCAACUGGGCCAGCCUGAACCUGGGCGCCCUCAUGUGCAUCGAGUGUUCGGGCAUCCACCGGAACCUGGGCACCCACCUCUCGCGCGUGCGCUCCCUGGACCUGGACGACUGGCCCAUGGAGCUCAUCCGGGUCCUGUCCGCCGUCGGGAACGAGCUUGCCAACAGCGUGUGGGAGGACAGCGGCCAGGGCCGCAGGAAGCCGUCGCUCGACUCCACCAGGGAGGAGAAGGAGCGCUGGAUCCGGGCCAAGUACGAGCAGAAGCUGUUCCUGGCGCCGCUGCCCUGCUCGGAGCUGAGCCUGGGCCAGCACCUGCUGCGGGCCACGGCCGACGAGGACCUGCGCACGGUCAUCCUGCUGCUGGCCCACGGCUCCCGGGACGAGGUCAACGAGACGUGCGGCGAGGCGGACGGGCGCACGGCGCUGCACCUGGCCUGCAGGAAGGGCAACGUGGUCCUGGCGCAGCUGCUCAUCUGGUACGGGGUGGACGUGAUGGCCCGCGACGCGCACGGGAACACGGCGCUGGCCUACGCCCGGCAGGCGGGCAGCCAGGAGUGCGUGGACGUCCUGCUGCAGUACGGCUGCCCCGACGAGCGCUUCGUGCUCAUGGCCACGCCCAACCUCUCCCGCAAGAACAACAACCGGAACAACAGCAGCGCGAGGGUCCCCACCAUCAUCUGACCCGGCCACGCCGCCCCUGCCGCCCUCGCCCGCGCUCCACCCCCACCUCCCCAGAGCAUCGCACAGCCCGGCUGGUCCUCCUCGCCGGGGCGCGGAGAGGAGGCUGCAGACGGACCCCCCCCCCGCCCCCAGACCCUCGGGGGACACGCGGAGACCCCCACGGGGUCGUCGUCGAUAGCACACGGUGGCCGGCGGCGGUGACGGCAGCAGCGACACGCCGGAGACAGCUCAGCACAAGGGACACGACGAGCAGGGGGGAGGGGGCUGGAGGCAGAGAGGAAGGGGCCAGGCCCCCGGCGGCAGCCAAGCACACGCUCACCUCCACCUCGCGGAGCCCCCGGAUGCCGCCUCCCCCCAGGAGCCCGCCGGCAUAAAUCAGGAACAAGCAGAGUUUGUCAGGUUUGAAGCCCCUAUGAUGGUAUGUGUCAAAUCAGUUGGAGCUAAUCUGUCCGGGGAGGAUACCGGCUUCAUUACACUCCCUAGCUGAGUUCUUCCAGCAUUACCGCUGCUUAAUAGAACAUGAUUAGUCAUCACCGGGAAGGCAGCGUAUUAGGCGAGGCGCGGGUCACGCCGCACGCUCCGGCGGCCCCGGGAUGUGAUUGCGCGACGCCGAGAAGCACCAUAUUAUCCCAGACAUGUUCCGGCGAGCCCUCAGAGCCCUCCUUUCUAAAUUCACUGUCAUAAUUUAGUAUCUGUUUAAUUUUUCAGUCCAAAGAGAGGAGAUGAGCUCCCAAGUGUUAUGUGACUGCCGUCUCCUUGGUGCAGAGAGAGGAGGGAAAGGAAAGAAGAAAAAAAAAAAAGGAAACCGUAAAUACGGGAAAUUUGGAAAAUAUGGGAAAUUUCCAAGGGGAGCACACGCUCAAGCCAGAGGGAGCACUCGGGACGUUCCGCACGCCCGGUGAAAGUGGACGUCCACGGCUCUUCUCCCUCCCCAGCCCGCGAGAGGUGGUGUUUCCUUUGGGUGCGAGGACACCCCGGGCCUCUGUCCCCCUGGGACCCCCACAGCCCGAAUCACACAGGCUCCUGUAUUAUGUCUUUAGAUAAGAUGUGUGAAAAUCUAUUUGAAUAAAAGAGGUUCAUAAAUAUG